AUCUCAGUUCUCAUUCUCUCUCUCUUCGCCAAUCCCUCUCUCUCUCUCUCUCUCUCUCUCUCUCUCUCUCCGUCUUCGCUUCGCUUCGUUUCGGAUCGGAAAUUGAAGCUUUAUAAUGGGCGUGCCGCCAAAAAAUCACGAUGUGGAUGAGGGGUUACUGGAGAUCGGCAUGGAGUAUAGAACUGUUUCAGGAGUUGCAGGACCUCUAGUUAUCCUUGAGAAAGUAAAGGGACCCAAAUAUCAAGAGAUCGUCAAUAUUCGUUUAGGAGAUGGAUCCAUCAGACGUGGUCAAGUCCUAGAAGUUGAUGGAGAAAAGGCUGUUGUUCAGGUUUUUGAAGGAACAUCUGGAAUUGACAACAAGUUCACAACUGUGCAAUUUACAGGAGAGGUUUUGAAAACUCCUGUCUCAUUGGACAUGCUUGGGCGCAUAUUUAAUGGUUCUGGGAAACCGAUCGAUAAUGGUCCCCCAAUUUUGCCUGAGGCUUACUUGGAUAUAUCUGGAAGUUCUAUCAACCCUAGUGAGAGAACCUAUCCUGAGGAGAUGAUACAGACAGGGAUUUCUACAAUUGAUGUGAUGAAUUCCAUUGCUAGAGGGCAAAAGAUUCCGCUUUUCUCUGCUGCUGGUCUUCCCCACAAUGAAAUAGCUGCUCAGAUAUGUCGCCAGGCUGGUUUGGUCAAGCGAUUGGAGAAGACUGAAAAUCUUCUUGAGGAUGCGGAAGACGACAAUUUUGCCAUUGUAUUUGCUGCUAUGGGUGUAAAUAUGGAGGCUGCACAGUUUUUCAAACGUGAUUUUGAGGAAAAUGGCUCUAUGGAGAGAGUGACCCUCUUUCUGAACCUGGCAAAUGACCCAACAAUUGAACGUAUUAUCACUCCUCGUAUUGCUCUAACUACUGCCGAAUAUUUGGCUUAUGAAUGCGGGAAGCAUGUUCUUGUCAUACUUACGGAUAUGAGUUCUUAUGCUGAUGCUCUUCGUGAGGUGUCUGCUGCUCGUGAAGAGGUGCCAGGAAGGCGUGGGUAUCCUGGUUAUAUGUAUACUGAUUUGGCAACAAUUUAUGAGCGUGCUGGAAGAAUUGAAGGGCGGAAAGGCUCCAUUACACAAAUUCCAAUUUUAACUAUGCCUAAUGAUGAUAUUACACAUCCGACUCCAGAUCUUACUGGAUAUAUCACAGAGGGUCAGAUAUACAUUGACAGGCAGUUGCACAACAGACAGAUAUAUCCACCAAUUAAUGUUCUUCCGUCACUGUCUCGACUGAUGAAGAGUGCCAUUGGAGAGGGGAUGACUCGCAGAGAUCAUUCUGAUGUUUCCAACCAGCUAUAUGCAAACUAUGCUAUUGGGAAGGAUGUUCAGGCCAUGAAAGCAGUGGUUGGAGAAGAAGCACUUUCUUCUGAGGAUUUGCUGUAUUUGGAGUUCUUGGAUAAAUUUGAGAGAAAAUUCGUGGCCCAAGGAGCUUAUGACACUCGCAAUGUCUUUCAGUCGCUAGAUUUGGCAUGGACACUCCUUCGCAUUUUCCCGCGUGAGCUUCUCCACCGUAUACCUGCAAAGACCCUUGACCAGUUCUAUAGCCGUGAUGCAAACAAUUGAUCGAGGAAAGUUAGCUCACAUCUCCUUUUCUCCUACUUAGUUAGCGUUGCAUGAGAUCUGCAAUUUGUUUCUUUAUUUGCUUUUAUGUCCUGGGUUGCACAUCUCUUUUAUAUAUCAAUAAUGGUUGUGGUCUUUUUAAAGUCCCGCAUCUUGAAAGCUGUUUGGCUAGUCAAAGUGAUGAGUAUUCUUCUAGGGAAGGCUUUUAGUUCUUGUAAUAUCUGUGUUUUUUAAAUUUUUUUGGGUUACCUUUUUAUUAGUUUGUGUCACCCAUCCAUGGUUUGGGUGUUGCAUUUCUCUCUCUUUUUCCCCCUGAAAAGUUGAGGAACUAUCGGACAUUUAGGAAUGAUGAAGUCUUGUUAGACAUGCUUGUUGUUCUAUAAUCAUAUUUAAUUGUAAGUUUAUCUUCAUGGAUUUUUUUACUCUUCAGAUGAUAUACAAUCUCAGUUUGAUUUUUUCAUAAUGCAAUAA